AUGACUAGUUCAACUAUUUUCCCAAAGGUCAUGCUGUGGCUUUUCCUCGCACUCGUUUCGACUGUUAGCAUCGUUAACUGCUCUCGUGAUGGUUCCGGCGUGCCAUAUGCCAAUGAUUCGACGGUUCAAGCUCACCUCGAAGCUAGGUCUAGUCUAAUAGCAACCGAGAAGGAACAGAGACAAGACCAUGCCUUCCGCAGUUCUCUUUCACCAACUGCCCAGCAGGCCGAACGCAUCGUUGCGGCCAUCCGACAAGACGAGAUCGAUAAUUACUGGCGAAGACCUGCUCCUCUAGGUCAGCAAGACACCGAGAGAUUCGCCGGGAUGAUGUUUCCCCAAGCCAAGCCGUUCAUCCCAAGCACAGAACUGUGGAAAAUCGUUCAGCGACUGCCCAAGGGGUCGUUGCUGCACGCGCAUUCGACAGCUUUGGUAUCCGUGGAUAUCAUCAUUGACAGUCUUCUGACCACGGAGGGUAUCGUCAUUUCAGCUUCGCAGAGCCUUACCUCUGAGAUCAGUAGUCUUAAUGCAUCGAUUUCCUUCACACAUGUGAACACGACUGCACCGACAUCUUCGCCUUCAUUGUACUCCACAGAUUACGUACCAAGUUCCUUCGUCCCCAUCACGGUCGCAGCAGAUACACAUCCCGGAGGCCGUGCGGCAUUCAUCUCUCACCUGAAAUCCAAGAUGGCGUUGACCCCGGAAGAGUCACUCCGGCAUGAUCUCGGCGUCGAUGCCAUUUGGAGGAAGUUCCAGAGCUGCUUCGGUCCCAUAGGUGCAGCGCUGAACUACGAACCCAUCAUCCGCACAUACUGGCAAAGUCUCUUCGAGAGUCUGGUGGACGAUGGUGUUUCGUGGGUUGAACUUCGGAGUGGUGGUUCGUCAGCGACGCUGAUUCCCGAGGGACAGGCAGUAGCCGACCCAGAUCUGGACUUUUGGUGGGAGGUCAUGUUGGAUGAAAUUGAGAAAUUCAAGGCAACGGAGAGAGGUCAGAGCUUUUGGGGAGUUCGAGUUAUCUGGUCGGACAUUAGGGCCUGGAAUCGUACGGUACUUACCAAUACCAUGCAAAUUGCAAUCCAGCGAAAGCUGAACUAUCCUGAUCUGUUUAGUGGUUACGACCUAGUUGCCCAGGAAGACCUUGGACGGCCCUUAUCAGACCUGGCACCAGAGUUGAUCUGGUUUCAAGAGCAAGUUCAGGCUCACAAUGUUUCCUUACCUUUCUUCUUCCACGCAGGAGAGACACUUGGCGACGGGAACAGUACGGACUCAAAUUUGUUUGAUGCCAUCCUGUUCGACACCCGGCGUAUCGGACAUGGAUUUUCAUUGUACAAGCAUCCCAAGCUUAUAGAAAAAGUGAUCGAGCAACGCAUCAUGGUUGAAGUAUGUCCUAUAUCGAACGAAGUGCUCCGUCUCGCAACAGACGUCCUCCAUCAUCCCAUACCAGCUAUGAUUGCGCACGGCGUUGCAACAGCCAUAAGUAAUGAUGACCCGUCAAUCAUGGGCCAAGAUGAACCGGGUCUCAGCUUCGACUUUUACCAAGCCAUUCAAGCAUAUGACAACCUUGGGCUUGGAGGUUUGGGUGCUCUCGCUGAAAAUAGUGUGCGUUGGUCUAAUUUUGAGGACCAGACCCAGGUAGAAUGGGUGCAUGAUAUCGACAUGGGUGUUAACGGCUCCGGCACGAAGGCAAGACGAAUGAAGGAGUGGAACCAGAAAUGGGAGGACUUUUGCCAAUGGGUUGUGGAGGAGUAUGGAACAAGGUACAAUGUCAGCUAA